AUGAAGGGCCCUGCCCACCUCUUGCCCCAGCUUGCCCCAGCCAUUGAUCUGAUUGCCUCGCUCUCCGGCGUUCCAGGCGUGUCAGUCGGCGUCAUUCACGAGGAUCGUGUCGUUUUUCACCAUAAUUACGGGCAUGGAGACGUCGCGGCCAAGACGCCGACCACCAGCGACACCAUCUACCCGAUUGCUUCACUUUCCAAGUCCUUCACCGCGUUCCUCUAUGCAUCGCUCGUCCAUGACGGCCUGGCAGACUGGUCCUCGCCGAUCCGCGAAACUCUGCCCAAUUUCCACAGCACAUCGUCAGAAGUCACAAUGGAGGCGACUCCCGUGGAUUUGAUUUCGCAUAGAACUGGCAUCGCCGGCGGCGAAUCUCUCUACUGGCAUGGCCAGCCACUCCUGAACGACUCUGAUAUCAUCCCCAUGUUUGGCUCGCAACCAUCUGUCCACCACUUCCGUACUGGGUGGAUGUAUAACAACUUGGGCUAUGCCAUAGUCGGCCUUGUCAUGAGCGCUCUUUCAGGGCAAACAUACAGCGAGCUCUUCCAGUCCAGAAUCGCCCGGCCUCUUGGCCUGGAUCGAACUGGUCUAGACUUUGAUCAUUGCCAAUCUUGCGAUGUAGCCAAGGCAUAUCUCACUACCGAAGAUGGCACCGCCGUUGAAAACGCAAAACCUCUUAUUCCGGCUAGCACGGCAAUAGUGGCCGCCGGUGCGAUUCGCAGCUCGGUGAACGACCUUCUCGUUUUCUAUGGCGCCAUGCUGCGGCAACUUGGUGCUGCAGUUGACCCGGACCCGUCACGACAUUCACUCAAGGGUCUCCCCAUCAUCACUUCUGCAAAAUCUUUCAUGCAAGACGGUGAAAGGUCUUUACUGGAGCGCUCCUACGCUCUGGGCUGGAUUCGUACCCAGCUCCCCGGAACCCUGGGUGCGAUGGGCUUGAAUCCCUGGCUUACACAGAUGCCUCUCAUCAACACCUCGCGGCUAGCCCUGUACCACCAAGGCAAUCUGCCUGGCGCCACCUCUGCCGUCUACCUCUUUCCCGAGACGCACAGCGGCAUAGUCGUGCUCAGCAACGGCUACGGGCUCAGCGACGCCCCGGAUUGGAUCGCGCAGCUCAUUGCCGAAGCGCUAUUCGAAACCGAGUCUGAGACUGACUAUGUGGCGCUGGCCAGAGAGGCUGCUGAUGUGAGCAAAAGCAAUCGACUUCGCACCGUGCAUGAGAUUGAGGGCAUGCAUCAUGCCGACGCAGUGCCAUCAACGCCAAUAAAGGCAUUCGAGGGCAUGUACUACAACACUGCGGCUACCUUUGUCAUCGAAAUCUUUUCCAGCAAGGAUGGCCAUCGGAUUGCCUUCCAGGGGCAGAAGGGCGACGCAUUCCCUCUCCGACACCUCCACGGAACCACGUACACCUGGUUCACAUCGACGCGACAACUGGCUCAAAGAGGACGCCACAUAUUCCCGGCGCCAUACUACCUCAUUCGCUUCCACAUUGACUCCGCUUCCAAAGUCGUCGGGCUCGAGUGGGCACAUAAUAGCACUGAUACUGGUGGAGAGAUGUUUGUGAAAGGCGGGUUGCCCUGGGAGUGGGUGUAG